AUGAAACUCCCCCUACUUCUGGCUCUCCUAUUUGGGGCAGUUUCUGCUCUCCAUCUGAGGUCUGAGACUUCCAACUUUGAAAGCCUUUUGGGUGCUAAGACCCUGCCUGAGGAUGAGGAGAUGCCAGAACAGGAGGUGGAGGAGCUGGAGACAGAGGAGGAGGGGGGCUCUGGAAGUGAAGAUGCCUCCAAGGAAGACGGGGCUGUUGAGUCUAUCUCAGUCCCAGAUUUGGUAGACAAAAACCUUCCAUGUCCUGAGGAAGAGGACACAGUACAACUGGUGGGCGUCCCUGGGCGCCAGACCUGCCGCCGCUACCUCCUGGUGAGACGUCCUCACACAUUUGAUCAAGCUCGGUUGACUUGCCAGAGGUGCUACCGGGGCAACCUGGUUUCCAUCCACAACUUCAAUUUGAAUUACCGAAUCCAGCUCUCAGUCAGAGGGCUCAACCAGGGUCAAGUCUGGAUCGGAGGCAGGAUCAUAGGCUCGGGCCGCUGCAGACGCUUUCAGUGGGUUGACGGCAGCCACUGGAACUUUGCAUUCUGGGCUGCUGGCCAGCCCUCAGUCCGUGGUGGUCACUGUGUGGCCCUGUGUACCCGAGGAGGCCACUGGCGUCGAGCCCCCUGCCGCCGAAGGCUUCCUUUCGUCUGUUCCUACUGA